AUGUCUACAUCACAUGACUCACCUCCCGAAGAUAAACUUUACGUCUCUAGCAAAUCCGCCGAAUCAUUUGUUCAAUCCGUCCUAGAAGGAAACGGCGUAUCACCAGCCUCAGCAAAAAUCAUAGCCCACUGUCUAGUACUCGCCGACUUACGAGGUGUAGACACUCAUGGCAUCAACCGAAUCCCCUCUUACAUGGCCCGAAUUCGAGCCGGAGUACUAGAUCCCCAAGCCGGACCAACACUUACCCAAACCACCCCCGUAGUCGCACAUAUCGACGGAAACAAAAGUUUUGGAUUCCUUUCCGCUCAUAUGGGCAUGCAGAGAUGUAUCGAGAUGGCGAAGGAAUUCGGGAUCGGGAUGUGUGCUAUCAAACACUCGAAUCAUUUCGGGAUGUCUGCUUGGGUUGUGCAACAAGCUAUUGAUGCGAAUAUGAUGAGUCUUGUGUUUACAAAUUCCUCACCUGCCCUUCCAGUCUGGGGUGGAAAAGAGAAGUUGAUGGGUGUUAGUCCUAUUGCAUGUGGAGCUCCAGGUGCAGAGGGGGGGAAGCCAUUUAUUCUCGACAUGGCGCCUAGCAUUGCUGCGCGAGGAAAGAUUUAUAAAGCUUACAGGAGAGGAGAGAAGAUUCCCACUGAUUGGGCUCUGGAUAAAGAUGGGAAUCGAACGGAUGAUCCAGAAAAGGCUCUUGAAGGUGUGAUGUUGCCGAUGGGUGGACCGAAAGGAAGUGCACUGAGUGUGAUGAUGGAUGUUUUCUCGGGUGUCUUGAGUGGGAGUGCUUUCGCAGGUGGCGUUACAAAUCCAUACGACCCGAGUAAGCCAGCUAAUGUUGGUCACUUUCUCAUUGCCAUUAAACCAGACCUGUUUAUGGACUUGAAGGAGUUUAGGGAGAGAAUGGGUACUUUGUAUGAGAAGGUCGUCGGAAGCGAAAAGAUGGCUGGGGUGGAUAAGAUUUAUUUUCCCGGCGAGAUUGAGCAGAAUAAUCAGUUGGAGAGGGAGAAAACAGGUAUUCCAUAUGUGAAGGCGGAAAUUGAGGCGUUGAAUCAAGAGGCAGAGGGGGUUGGAAGGCAAAAGAUUGAAGUGAUUGGCUCGUAG